AUGGGAUCUAAAUUGAGUAUUGAUAAACAUGUUUCAAAUUUGGAGGACAUUUUGGAACUUAAUACAAAAUUAUUGGAGAAGAUUAAAUUCGAUAGUAACAUUCCUGAAAGCAUAACCUAACACUUAAAAAUUUGGAAAUUUUAAGAGGAAAAGCACCCAUUAAAGAAAGUUAGAUCUGAACCCAUCAAUUUAAGUGCCAUCUAAACAAGCGGUUUUAAUUUUCUUUCAACCGAAUGCUAUCUCGUAUUGUUGAUAUACAAAAAGGCUUAAGAAGAGUACAAUCAAUUUACAAACUUUCCCCAUCAAAUGUGGGGCGUCGUUGAAUCCUAUUCUAAUUUAACUCCCAGGGGAUUAGAAGAACCAGUGGCAGCAUCAGAAAGUCAUCUUGAAUCAUUUUUAUUACCCCAAAGAUAAUAAAACCCAUCAACAUCAAAUAUUUACGAGUACAUGAUUUUUGUAUGGAAUGGAAAAACAGCAAAUCCCUUAAUUAAAGCAUCAGCCUUAUCAAAUGCUUUUGAAUUGGAAAACUUAUUAAAUAGAGGAAAGGAUCCAUUACUUGAAAUCCUCUUUAGUGGUGGCAUAAUUAAAAAUAAAAAGUUGUCCAAAGGAUCCAUCCUGACAUUACAAAGUAGUGCCUAAACUUCAUCAACGACCAACAUUGAAACAGAAAAUUAAGUUAGAGAAACAGUAAGAAAGAAUUCCUCCAAAUUGGCAGAUUUUCUAGCAAAAAAAUAAAAUACAUAGGCAUAUGCUUAAUAAUUUAUUCAUGUUGAUUUGAAAGAUGAACAAAUUUAAAAUUCAAAACACCCAACAAAGUUAAUUCAAAAACCUAAAUUGAAUCUCAGAGAAUCAUUGACUAGUAGAGAUGCCUAACCAAAAGAUCCAUUCAAGGAAUUAGCAUUUCCUAGAAGAAAUUCAAAUGAAGUUAACAAUAAAAUACAUGAGAUUUCAGAUGAAGAUUCUCCUUCUAUGUCUAAAGAAAGCCCAAAACCAAUAUCCAGCCGUUCCAGAGAAAAUAACAGGUAUGAAGACAUAAGUCCAUAACAAUAACCAGUCACUAAUACUAAUAAUGCAUUCUAAUUUAAUUUACCUGCGCAAAUAAAAAGCAAAGUUCCUGCACUUAAUAUUCCUAAACUAGAUUUGAAUUGCAAAACUCAUUCCCAAGAAGUCAGCAUUGGAGUACCAUUGGUAGAAGGCGUUGAGUGCAAUGAAAAUGAAAAAGUCAAACCAAUGAAAUUACCACUAGCAAGUCUGAAAUUAUAACGAGAUGAUACGACUUAUUAGGAUAUUGAAUAAGAGGAUUCAAAUGGAUUCAAUUUUGAUAUCAGAGAUACAGAUAGGAAAAAGUUAAAAAUUUAACAUUUUGCAGAGCAAUGCUCAUCUGUAAUUCCUAAUUUCCUUUAUGUUGGAGGUGAAUAAAUAGCUUAUAAUAAGGAGGUCUUAAAAUAAAUUGGAGUCACUCAUGUAGUCAAUUGUGCUGGAGAUGUAUGUAAAAAUAAGUUCCCCGAUGAUUUCUUUUAUUAGACUUAUUAUCUUAAAGAUUCAAAGACAGAAAAUAUUGAAUGUAUAUUCUAUGAAGUUAUUGCCAUCAUUGAAAAUGCCAAAAAGAAUAAUGGAAAAGUGUUGAUUCAUUGUGUCUAAGGCGUAUCAAGAUCUGUGUCACUUUGCAUAGCUUAUUUAAUCAUAUCUUAAUAAAUUACCUAUUCUCAAGCAUUUGAUAUUAUUAAGAAAAACAGGGGUGUAGCAUCCCCUAAUAUGGGAUUUACAGUCUAAUUGUUGUUAUUUUAAAAGAGAUUAUAAGCUUCGUAUGAUAGUAUACCUAUCGCUCCAAGAGUGUUUGCAGUUGGCAGAGGAGGUGAGUGGACCUUAAAAAUGCUUAUGGAUUAAUUAUAUUCUGGUAAGGUUUUAAGAACAUUUGAUAGCAGAGGUGUUUUUCUAGUACUUUCAGAACAUGAUUUGUAUUUAUGGAUUGGUCCAGAAUGCAACAAAUCAGAGAAAUUCAUUCAAUAUGCCCUUGAUUAUACUAAAUUUUUGAAGUAAUUUGAAAAGGCCCCAAAUAUAUAACCUAUAUUGAUGGAUGCUGAAAAAUGA